AUGUCUUUUCCUGUUGCUCUACGAUCUGCCCGUCCUGCGCCCGUCAUAGCCACCCUGGCCGCGGGUGGCAUUGGAGCUGGAAUCCUUGCCAAACUCUUGCUUGGGAACGCUUCUGCAGAAUCUGAUGCUCCAACCAAGGUUUUCAAGGGCGGUCCUGCUUUUGUUUCUUUGCCGCUUGAGAGUGCAGAGCUGGUCAACCACAACACGAAGCGAUUGCGCUUCAAGCUUCCCCGGGAGGACGCUGUUAGCGGACUUCCUCUAACAUCUGCCUUGUUGACGCUAUCCUGGCCCAAGGGACAAUGGGUGCCCGUCCCACGACCGUACACUCCGGUCUCUGCCUCAGAUGAGCCUGGAUACCUAGAACUUCUUGUAAAGAAGUACCCCAAUGGCAGGGCUAGCAGCCAUCUUCACUCCCUCAACCCAGGAGACAAGCUACUCUUUGCCGCUGCCCUCAAGGGUUACAACUGGAAGCCCAACAGCUACUCCCACAUCACUCUCAUCGCAGGCGGUGCUGGAAUCACACCGAUCUACCAACUCGCGCAAGGAAUCCUGAAGAACCCCAACGACAAAACUUCGAUGACGCUGGUCUUUGGUGUCAACAGUGACGAGGACGUACUACUCAAGCAAGAGUUUGAGAAGUUCUCGAAGGAAUACCCUGAUCGGUUCAAGGCUAUCUACACCGUUAGCCACCCCAAGGACGGAUCGCUAUUCCGAAAAGGCUAUGUCACCAAAGAGCUUCUCAAGGAGGUUGUACCUUCGCCCUCACAACAGGAGACCAAGGUCUUUGUUUGUGGUCCCCCAGCCAUGGAGGAUUCUCUCGUCGGAAAGUGGAAUUCGCCUGGAAUCUUGAGCCAACUGGGUUUCAGAAAAGACCAAAUUCACAAGUUUUAG